AGUACUUGGGAACACUUGUCCGCGCGCGCUGCUGCACCUCCCCACAGUGCAUUCACGGACUCCACUUUGCCAGGUGACGGCAGACACGCGCUCCAGAGUUUUAAAAAAAUGAUAUGUUUCUACCACGCCUGAAGUCGGGAAUUAACGGAGAAUGGAGACGCGCCUCGGUCACUGCAUUUUGGCCGUUUUCUCUGAAUGGAUUUGGCUUUUCACCCUAACUUCCAUCCUGGGCGGAACAAAAGCGGAGGUGAGAUGCAUUCCCUCUUGCCAGAUGCCGCAAAACAAUGCGUUUCCCCGGGAACUCUCGACGCUGGAUUUUGCCGAUUUUGGCGAGGAACCAGUUGAGGAAUUUGUUGGAUUUAUCGAGGGGUCACCAGGAGCCAGACCCAACGCAGAGGGAGACGAAAAGCUCAGUGUUGCGGAAUUUACCGCGAGGGAAGAAAGUUCACCCGAAGUGCAGCCACGGCUGGGGGGAAAUAACACGAGUUGCCUCGAGAAGGACGCGUUAAACGGUCAGCAAAAACUUUCCCAGCAGGAAGUGAUUCCCGGCACUGCUUCACGCGCGGAUGUCCCAACACUCAGUGAAGGGGACUACUCUCAAAAAGACAGCUUUAACGAUGAAAACGCGGCGCAGGUUGACAUGACGGGGGAAGAGGACGCGGACGUGCCCAGUUGGAGGCGAAUACGCGGUGCCAGGAGCGCAGAGACGUGGUCCGAAGCCAGACCCGAAGAGGGCGGGGAGGAUGCUUCGUUUGCGGACCAGGAGGAGGUUCAGCUCACAAGUUCUACCUUUGCACUGACCGGGGACACGGCGCAUAACCAGGCGAUGGUGCACUGGUCCGGACAGAACAGCAGUGUGAUCCUCAUGUUGACAAAAUUCUACGACUUCAACUCCGGCAGAGUAACAGAGAGUUCUCUAUGGAGGUCAACUGAUUAUGGGACCACAUAUGAGAAGCUAAAUGAGAGAGUCGGGCUGAAAACCAUCCUGAGCUACUUGUACGUGAGUCCCAACAACAAGAGGAAGAUCAUGCUGCUUACGGACCCGGAGGUGGAGAGCAGCCUGCUCAUUAGCCUUGACGAGGGGGCGUCCUAUCAGAAACACAGCUUAGCCUUUGAUAUCCUCAGCCUGCUUUUUCACCCUGAGCAGGAGGACUGGAUUCUGGCUUACAGCCACGACCAAAAGCUCUAUGUCUCUGUAGAAUUUGGGAGAAGAUGGCAACUUGUGCAUGACAGCGUUGUCCCCAACAGAUUCUACUGGUCCAGACUGGGUUUAGACAAGGAGCAGGGUAUGAUCCACCUGGAGAUCAGCGUCUCUGAUGGACGGUCACAGUACAUAACUUGUAAACUUCAGAAUUGUUCUGAUGGAAACAAGGGCAAGCCUUUCCCUGGAUUUAUCAUCCCCGACUCCCUGGUGGUUCAGGAUGAAUACGUUUUCAUCCAGGUGCCAAUAGGUGGCCGCUCUGUCCAUUAUGUGUCCUAUAAAAGAAACGCUUUCUACCCCAUGAAGCUUCCCAAGUACACCCUGCCAAAGGACUUGCAGAUAAUCAGCACAGACGAUAACCAGGUGGUGGCAGCGAUUCAGGACUGGCACCAGAACGACUCGUACAACCUGUACAUGUCUGAGUCCAGAGGGCUGUUCUUCACGCUGAUGCUGGAGGACGUUGUGAGCAGCGGGGGACCCGAGGGCAACAUCAUGAUCGACCUCUAUGAGGUUGCCGGGAUUAAAGGGGUGUUCCUGUCAAAUAAAGUUGUUGAGAACCAAGUGAAAACUUAUAUCACAUACAACAAGGGGAGAGACUGGCGCCUUCUUCAGGCUCCUACAACCGAUCUCCAGGGAAACCAGGUCUAUUGUGAACAACCUUACUGUUCUUUACAUCUGCACCUGCAUGUCUCAGAGAAUCCUUACACCUCUGGAAACAUUGUCAGCAAAGACACAGCUCCAGGAGUUAUAAUCGCAUCAGGUGUGAUUGGACCUGAGCUGACCAGUACUAACGUCAGUAUUUUCAUCACAUCUGAUGCUGGAAACACAUGGAAAGAGGUUUUUCAGGAGGAGUACAGCGUGUUUUUCCUGAAUCAAGGAGGAUCUCUGGUGGCCAUAAGACACACACCUCUGCCAAUUAGACAUAUUUGGCUGAGUUUUGAUGAGGGCAGGAACUGGGUAAAAUAUAGCUUCACCUCCUCUCCGCUCUAUGUCGACGGGGUGCUCGGGGAACCUGGAGAAGACACCCUCAUUAUGACAAUUUUUGGUCAUUUCAGCCAUCGAUCUGAAUGGCAACUUGUCAAGAUUGACUUCCGCUCAAUUUUCCAACAUCGAUGCACAUCUGAAGACUAUCUGACGUGGCAGUUACACAAUGGGGACGAAGUAUGCAUCAUGGGAAUGAAGAGAAUCUUCCAGAAGCUGAAAGCAAACGUUCAGUGUGUCAAGGCCAGAGAUCAGUAUAUUUCCCAGAUGUCAGACUCCUGCCCGUGCACAGAGGCAGAUUUUGAGUGUGACUACGGGUUUGAGAGGCAGAUCGACGGAAGCUGCACUCAGGCUUUCUGGUUCGUUCCUUCAGCAACAUCUAGAGACUGCAUCGCCGGAGACAGCUUCCUCAACACCACGGGAUAUCGCAGAGCUUUAUCUAACAACUGCACUGAGGGAACGCUGUUGAAGUACAGCCCCAGGCGACAGAAGUGUCCCACCCAGGCACCCAAGGGCCUCCAGCUCUUCACCAGUGAGGGAACACUGGUGGCGACACUGGGGAGGAAUGUCACCUUCUUGGUCUUUCUUGAAGAGGGUCUGAGCUCCACCACAAGUAUUACGGUGGAUUUCGGCGAUGGGACCUCCAUGUCCUACGUCAACAUAAGCUCCAUUGAAGAUGGGGUCAAGCAUAUCUACAGUAAAGUUGGCAUCUACCAAGUUUCUGCGACAGCGACCAACACUCUGGGCUAUGACAGGGUGAUACUCUACCUCCACGUCUCCUGCCAACUUGAACAGGUCCAGCUCUUGGCUCCGUCGGUAGUUGUGAAGAACAAAGCAGCAAACGUCACGACAGUGUUACAUCCCAGCAAUGUGGGGACAGUCACAUAUUACUGGUGGUUUGGUAACAAGACGGAACCCAGGGUGACCCUGGAUGGUGUGAUGUCCUUCACUUUCUCCACUGAGGGUAGUCACACUGUUGUUGUCCAGGCUGCUGUGGGAAAUACUGUCCAUCAGGACCAGAUGACUGUCGCUGUCUAUGAUUAUUUUCGGUCGCACGUUUUGGCCUUUUCUUCUUAUCUGGACGAGAUGAACCCCGGGGUGUCAGAGUGGAGAGAGGACAUCGGCAGAGUGGUGAAGAGCUGUGCUGUUCAGGUCACAGGAAUCAGUGAGGAUCAGCUCCUGGUCACCGUGCUUCCAGGUUUACCAACAACAGCAGAGAUUUUCAUCGUUCCUGAAAAGAGGUCGAGACGCGGAGCUAUAGAUGAAAAGUGGGCGCACCUGGAUCAGCUCUCUCAGGUUCUGCUAAGUGCUUUGAACCAAGACCUCAUCCGGUUCACACUCAAGCCAGGGGUGCUGGUGAACGUGUAUGCCACGCAGCUGUCUCCAGCUCCUCUUGUGGACAGCAGCAGCGAUAGUGGCCACAGUGGCACUGCAGUCAUCAUGCUGGUGUCGGUCGUACUGAUGGGCUUGGUCAUCUUUGUUAUAUAUAAAUUCAAAAGGAAGAUUCCUGGCAUCAACACAUACACAGCGGAGCAGCCGGACAAAGAACAAGAGGUCAUCCCGACUGUGACCUCCAUCGCCGUCCCAAAUCCUGAGGGGGACAAGCUGACCUCUCUGGAUCAUGUGGAUGUACAGCUGGACUCCAAAGGCAGAGGCUACCUGCCAUCUCACACAGACAUCAAGCUCUCUGAUGAAGCGCCCCAUGUGUUUUAAUGUUGGGAGUCUAUGACCGACUCGAAAGCAAUACAUCUUCUUUGGCAGUUACUUCCAGCAAGCUAUGAAACCACGGUCACAAUGAACGGUCUCGAGUGUUUUGCUACCCAUGCAUGGAUGGACCAGUUCACACUGUGCUGCCUAAUCCCUCCGAGGAGACUGUACAGAUUUAUACUCGCUUCUUGAAAAGGGACACUUUUUGACUGAAAAUACUUGUAUUUUUGCAAGGACAUUGAUCUUUUUAUGUAAAUAAUGUACAUCCAUAAUGGAAGACGUUAAAAGUUAUUUGUCUCGGCUGGUUACAGCUGCAUCUGCUCCAAUAUGAAAAUAUCAAGCAGCAGGGACAGAAGUAAUGUACGAUAUUAUCUCCAAAUGUGCUCCUGUUUCUGUUUCUUUGGGCCUGUGUUUGUGAAGUUUACUUUGUUUAACUCUGUGGAAGCAGCUUAUCUGAGCAAGACAGUGAGGGGAAGCAGAUUCAUUAAGCUCUGCACAAUCAGUAAAUCUUAUCACCACAUUCUCAUCAAAUGAAAGCUUGCAAUAUCCACGAGAUGAGGGAGGGCUCCUGGUCCCAGAUCGGUGUGCUCCAUCACGCCUGCCGCUCAGAAACCUACAUAUGUCACAACAAUAAUAAGAACGGAAAAUGAGUGUAUGUCCUAGAAAGGUACAAACAGACUUCCCUCUUUUUUGGGAGACUUAUGAGUCUGUUUUGUGACUUUGGAAUGAACUUCAUAUAGUAGAUGUUAAAAAAAAACAUUAAACACAUGAUACACACAUUUUUGCUAUGUGCUAAAUCCUUUGUAUGGAUUUUUAUUGCAGCAGUGAUCUCAUAUUUGACUUUUUACACCACCGUCAAUCUGACUGUUAAACGAUGCAAUGACUUCUAAACGUGUGCAUCAUAUUUGAUUGUUGCUGGGAGCAUUUUUUGAACACUCUGGUUUAAAAAAAAAGAAAAGAGAGCUAUAUUGACAUUUUCUAAAUAAUUCCAGAGUUGCAAACUUUAGCUGUGAUGCAGUAAAAAGUGCCAAAUCUGAAUUUUGAAUCCAAUACUUUUAAGGACAAGAUUAAUUUUGUCUUUAUUUACCAUGAUUCAUUUAAAAGAGUUGUGCUCCUAUAGGCAUUAAAUAUGUUUAUGUUUUUGUUGUUUUUCAUCGGACUGAUCAUUACAAAGGUUGUGCACUACAACACUAGUCUCGAUGGAUUCCUCUUUUUUUAAGGUUCAACGUGCAGCCUUGAAUUCAUUUGUUUAUUCAUUCUGGACUUGUUCAUCUGCCGUGACGACACCAGCAUCUCCACACGGCAUUCCCUGAGUUUUCAGGGAUGCAGAGGAUCCUGCAGUCUGUUCUAGGUUUGCCCCCAAGGACUCGGCGGACAAAAAGGCUGCGGAUUUGUUCAUCUCCUCAGCUGCGAGGGACACGGAGAUAGAGAAGACGUAUCUGCUGUCAACAAGGCUCAGCCUACGCACGGAGCUUUGGUCAGCCGCUGUCUCUUUGGGAUAAGUACUGAAGUUCUUCUUCAUCAAACUUUUCUUUUUAAGUGUUGUCAGCAUCAUAUGUCAGAAAGACAAAUUGACUAGAGGCCUCUCCAUACUUCUUCCCUUCCAGUCCUGCGAUCGAGCCUGAAGCAUAAAUAAACUCGCUCUCGUCAUCAGGUGAACACUGUCUCUCUCUCUCUCUCUCUCUCUCUCUCUCUCUCUCUCUCUCUCUGCACCGAGCAUCAGAGAAGCUUUCUUUUGUGCUUGUUAUAUAUUUAACAAAGUUUCUGUUAAGUCCCAGUAAUCAACCUGUGAAUAUGAUUGUGAACAUAUUUGCAUGAUGUAUUUUUUUCCUCUUUUACGAUACUUGAAAUAUGUCUUCAGUAGGGAAAAAAAAAAAAGACUUGUUAGAAAUGUGAGCUGCAGUAUGUUUUCGGGGCGGGGGUUUCUCAGAAGCUAGAAAACUCAUCCAUUACAAGUGACGUGAUUAUUCAGUGGGUUUGUUUCUGUGUCUUUCAUUUGAUCUUGCAGAAGUAACCAUGGUUGCAGAAUAAAGCAGAA